AGCAGCUGAUUGGGAUGGGCGGGGCCUAUUUUUAUCCAGGCGAUAGAGAGAGCCCUACUAUACACUUUGGAAAUUUGUCAGUGAUUAUAAUUGAAAAAAACGCGAGUAUUUUGGCAAACCGGUAAGAAACACCAAUUUAUAUUUUCAUCUAAGUAUAACAAUGGAUGUUGACAUUGAUGACCUGUUUGACACUGAACCAGUGAGGGAUGGGCCUACAGAGGAACAUGCAGAACCACUGUUUUCUGAUGAUGAUGGCAAUGAUGAAGCCAAUAAUGCUGAGGGUGAAAAUCAAGAUGAUGCUCAAAAGCAAACUGAUGAAGCCAAUGCGGCGGACCCCAAGCCGAAGAAGAAGCGCGUCUCUCGGCCUCAGCCGAAGCUGAACGCCGACCGUCUGUGCGGCCCGCGCGGCAUCGGCAUCAUGGAGCAGACCUUCUCGGACCUGGCGUUCGCCGGCCGCGGCCACGAGCGGCGCGACCUCGCUCUGCUCAUGGGCCGCAUGCAGCACUGGGCGCAUCGGCUCUUCCCCAGGAGGCCGUUCGACCAGACCAUAGAGCAGAUAGAGAAGCUGGGCAAGGGCAGGCAGGUCAAGGUGAACGUGAGGAAGCUGCGGAUGGGUCUGAACGUGCUGCCGACGGAGGUGGACGGCGAGCGGGACGCGACCGAGCGCGGCGAGCCUGAGCGAGACGUGUUCGACGAGCUGAUCGGCGGCUCGCCGCCCGGCUCCCCGGCGCCGCCGCGCUCCCCGGCGCCGGCCGAGCGGCCGCCCUCGCCGCAGUCACAGCAGCACAUCGCCGCGAGCUCGCUGACUGAGGAGCAGAAGGAGAGGAUGCGGAAGAACCGGGAGGCGGCUCAGCUGCGCCGUAUGCGCGCCCAGUUCAGCCGCCAGCAGCAGUCUGAGCAGUCUGAGCAGUCUGAGCAGCAGUCUGAGCCGCAGUCUGAGCCGCAGUCUGAGUGGCAGACCCCGCCCCGGCCCGGCCGGCACUCGGCGCCGACCUCCCCCCAGUCGGCCUCCCCGCAGCGGUCGCAGCCGGUCGGCGGCCGCUCUCCGCCGGCCGGUGGGACCCUCAGUGACGGCCGGUCCUCCUCUCCGUCCGGGGCAGACGGCUCCGACUCGGGUGACUCCGAGGCCGGCCUGGUACCGCGGCUCGGGGCGCUACACCAGAUGUCUGAGACGGCGCCGGCCGGCGGUGGGGACGGCUCAGACCCGGCAGACUCCGAGACCGGCCUGGUGCCGCGGCUGGGGGCGCUCCACCAGAUGUCGGAGACGGCGCCGGCCGGCGCAGACACAGCGGUCAGUGAGGAGGCCCGGACGGAGGAGGAACGGACGCGCGCCGACCGCCUGGGACACCUGCAUCAGAUGUCCGAGUCGAUGGCCGUACCGGCGGAUGGUGGAGCGGACGCUGAGAUGACCGCCGCGGACACUGAGAUGGCCGCCGUGGACACUGAGAUGACCGCUCUGGACACUGAGAGGACCCCCGCGGACACUGAGAUGACGGCCGUACCUGGGGAGACCGAGACGGAGACCGUCACGGCGGCGCCAGACCGGCGCCGGAUGGACGCCAUCGUCAUAGCUGACGACUCAGAUUCAGACGUCAUCGCUGACGGUCCGCGGACAGGCGUCAUCGCUGUCGAGCCAGAGACGGACGCCAUCGUCAUCGCUGACGAUUCAGAGGCAGAUGCCAUCGCUGACGGUCCGCGGGCAGACGUCAUCGUCAUCGCCGACGAUACAGACGACGAAGACGCGGUGCUGAUGUCCGAUGAGCGGUGAAUGGUGAAUGAGGAUCGACAUGCGGUUCAAGUCUAGCAUCUCGACUGGGUGGGCGCCGCUGCUUCUGGUGUGAGAUUCAGACGGCGGCAGACAGACGGCGGGUUCAGUGUACGGACUGGACGGCGGGUUCAGUGUACAGACUGGACGCCGGGUUCAGUGUGCGGGCAGACGCCGGGUUCAGUGUACAGACUGGACGGCGGGUUCAGAGUACAGACUGGACGCCGGGUUCAGUGUACAGACUGGACGGCGGGUUCAGUGUACAGGCGGACGGCGGGUUCAGAGUACAGACUGGACGUCGGGUUCAGUGUACAGGCGGACACUCAGAGAGCCGAGCCCUGCCUCCCGACCUGACGCAGCGGUGGCAGGGUGAAACGGUACCGGUAAUCUGACGCGCUCGCCUAACCCAGUGGAACGUGUCCCUGUUUUUCGUCCGUAUCGAAUGGUCAGACUGAUUUGCUGGUGAUGCGACACCUACUCUAACGAUAUGCAGUGCUGACGCACGGUGGCGUGGCCUGAUCACCCGGCUGCCUGGCUGGCUCGCUGAAGCGGCUCCGCCACGGAGGUACCACAAACGGCGCCCCUUAGACGGCUGCUGCUGAGUCCGGCAGUGGUGUGCCGCAAUACGACUGUGUGCCGCCCGUCAGUCGGCUGCGGACCGCUGUUCCGUGAUCCGUCCUCCGCCGCCGAGUCGAUCUCCGUGGUUCCGCCCGGCGCCGUUGGUGCGAACUGAGCCCCGGGUGGUGUAAAGGGGCGACGUUUGCCGCUCUGUACGCACAGUAACUGCCGAGCGUAGUUUCAGUGUCUCCAGUGUCGCUGCCUGCCCUGGAUUUGUGAGUCACGGGUGCGCGGCAGCUGAUGACUGGCGCUGCUGUGUGCAAUGGAUCCACCUUGACGUGCGCCAGAGAAUCCUCAUCGCGCAAUUGUACGCUGAAAUGUAUAGAAAAUACUAGGUCAUUUUAUCAA